UUUCUAAGAUAAUACGAAUCGCGUCUGGAAAACAAGGCGAACAAGUCAUUUUGUAGACUUCAAUCCAAGCUUGUGAUCAUGUUGUGGUUGUUUCUGUUGAGCUUGACUGCAACAAGUCUGUAUUUGUAUUUAACGUGGAAUUACAAUUAUUGGCGUAGUCGCGGUAUCGUUGGACCGAAGCCAAGACCAAUUGUUGGAACAUUUCCGCAAUCAGCGGUUUAUCUACGAAAUUUUGUCUACGAACUCGACGAAAUUUGUUGUGCAUUUCGUCGUAAAUUUCCCUUCGUGGGCAUUUACACUUAUCGCAAUCCUGAGCUCUUGAUACUCGAUCCGAAAUUGGUUAACGAAGUUUUUGUUGGAAAAUUUAAGUAUUUCGAAAGCAACUACACAAACUAUAACAAAAAAAAUGCUCGUCUCUUUAUGCGAAAUCCAUUCAUCCUGCACGAUCAGGAAUGGAAAGACAACCGAUCCGACAUUUCACCAGCAUUCACCACCUUAAAGACGAAGCAAACGUAUCCGGUUGUGGAUCGGAUGUGCAACAAACUGAUUAAAUUCCUGAGAUCUAUCGAAACUGAUGGAAUAUUGAUGGAUACGAAAGAGAUUACAGCCAAAUUUACAGCGGACGUAAUUUGCAGCGUUGCGUACGGAUUAGAAGCAAACGCCAUAGACGGUAAAAAUUCCGAAUUUUUGCAUGUUGCCCAUAAAGUAUUUGCUACAUCGAGCUGGAAACUGUGGUUCAUCACAUUCAAGUCGAUCUUUCCGUUCCUCUUCAAAUAUUACGAGAUGCCAUUUUUGGCUGCUGAUGUUGAUCAGUAUUUCUUAAAUCUCACUGACACAGCGAUAAAAAUACGGAAUGAAAGUGACGACAAACCUGAUGAUUAUUUAAAUUUUUUGCUAAAAUUGAAGGAGAAGAGGAAUCUGGAAACAGUGGAUGUUGCAGCUCAUUCGAUAACCUUCUUUUUGGAUGCUUAUGAAACGUCGAGCAUUGUUUUAACGCAUGCGCUCUAUCGAUUGGCUCAGAAUAAGGAUUGCCAAACCAAAUUGCGUGAAGAGAUUGCAGAAUGUGAUGGAACUUUAAAUUUUGAUGUCCUGAGUAAUUUGAAAUACUUGGACCAAGUAUUCAAUGAAACACUUCGCAUCAGUCCGCCAGGUUUUGUGGUGAUGAAAGUGUGCACCGAACAAACUGAACUAAUUAAUCACGAUGGCAAACCGGUUACCAUAGAGAAAGGCACUGUUGUGCACAUACCAAUUUACUCGAUCCACAACGAUCCUGACUAUUUUCCCAAUCCGACAACCUUCGAUCCAGAUCGUUUCGAAUCGGUUGACCUGAAAACGAUGCGGGACAAAGGUUUAUUUUUCCCCUUCGGCCAUGGACAUCGGAUGUGUUUGGGUAUGCGAUUUUCAACGUUGCAAAUUAAAGCGGCUAUCGCUGCAAUCGUGAGCAAUUUCGAAAUUAGUGUCAAUCCACGAACGGUUGAACCGAUAAUUGUAAAACCGAAGGAGUUUCUCUAUUUGGCUGUAAACAAUGUGUACUUAGACUAUAAAGCUAUUAAAUAAUUGGAAUAGCAGC